AUGUCACGACACCGGGUCAAGGCCGUGAGCUACGACGACGACGAGAUCGAUUACGAAGACGGAUACGAUUCCGAGGAUCCCGAAGAGCGCGAGUACCUCGAACAAUGUACUCGCGAGGUACUGGGUCAGUUGGCUGGCGGCGACCCGUCUGUGAGCGCAACCCGCGAGGAGGUACAGGAAGCGCUGUGGCAUUACUAUAACGAUGUUGAAAAAUCGGUGAAUUAUUUAAAAGGCAAGAAGACAAAAGAGACGGAGAAGAAUAAGGCUGCGCCGGCGAAGGCAAAAGGAAGCACAGGACCCAGCCCAGACGAUGUAGUUUUGAACGCCCAGAGUUCAGCUAAAGGCUUCAAGUCGAAACAACCUGCUGCAAAGCCACAAGGUGACAAGAAAGGCUCGGCAGGUCUGGCAGGUGACAUGAGUAACCUCACCGUCACUGAAAAAAUCAACGUGAAGAGCAAGCAUCUGGAUGUACUCUCCGAGUACAGGAAGUCUAAACGGAAAAAUGCCAUGAAUUUCGUGGUUAUCGGACACGUGGAUGCGGGGAAAAGUACGCUCAUGGGGCGCCUACUUGCAGAUUUGAAAGCUGUUGACCAGCGUACACUGGACAAAUAUCGAAAAGAGGCCGAGAAACUAGGCAAAGGGUCCUUUGCUCUUGCGUGGGUCUUGGAUCAGGGUACCGAGGAGAGAGCACGAGGAGUGACUAUUGACAUUGCGACAAGCAAGUUUGAAACAGAUAAGACUAUUUUCACGAUUGUCGAUUCGCCUGGCCAUAGAGACUUUGUUCCCAACAUGAUCGCGGGUGCGAGCCAGGCGGAUUUUGCUGUACUCGUUAUCGAUUCCAGUAUCGGAAACUAUGAGUCGGGAUUGAAGGGCCAAACCAAGGAGCAUGCUUUACUUGUGAGAAGUAUAGGUGUGCAGAGGAUCAUUGUCGCUGUGAACAAAAUGGAUACUGUUCAAUGGGACAAGGGUCGCUUUGAGGAGAUUGAGCAGCAGGUUUCGGCAUUCCUGACCACCGCUGGGUUCCAAGCCAAGAAUAUUUCGUUCGUACCAUGCUCAGGUGUCAGUGGGGAUAACAUCACUCGGCGAAGCGAGGAUAAAAACGUAUCUUGGUACAGUAGCCAUACCCUGGUGGAAGAGCUCGAGGCUACAGAGCCGUACUCCCACGCUCUCGACAAGCCGCUACGGUUGACGAUUGGCGACGUGUUCCGCGGUAGUAUACAAAACCCUCUAUCAAUAUCCGGCCGCAUCGACGCUGGGAGCCUACAAGUGGGUGACCAAAUUGUCACCAUGCCAAGCGGAGAGCCAGCAGCAAUUCGAAGCCUGGAAGUCGACGGAGAACCCAGUGACUGGGCCGUCGCUGGUCAAAACGUUGUCUUGAACCUUGCGAAUAUCGACCCUGUUCAUCUUCGCUCUGGCGACGUUGUCUGCCACGCCUCCGCCCCGAUUCCCAACAUCACUUCAUUUACUUGCAAAGUACUUGCCUUUGACCAUUUGCUGCCGAGCAUGGUUGAUAUUCAUCGUGGGCGCUUGCACGUUCCUGGGCGGAUCAGCCGGCUAGUUGCAACAUUGGACAAAGGUUCCGGAAAUGUUCUCAAGAAAAAGCCAAAGAUUAUCUCGCCUGGGUCUGUAGCGCGGGUUGUUGUAGAGCUGGACCAGGCGGUGCCUUUGGAAGCCCCGACUAGAGUGGUUCUGAGAGCCGGAGGUGACACCGUGGCUGCUGGGUUGCUGGAGUGA